AAUUCCAACUCGUUCAGGGCAUACAUGAACCCUUUCCACGCGUGGCCAUGAGCCCAUAAUCCUUCCCGCGCAAGCCACGAAACCUCCGCAACGUCACCCCCGAACUCCGCCGCAUCGUCUGCCAUCGCAUCGUGUACUGCGAUAUCAGUCAGGUCUUGACUGCCUGUUCACAAGAUGUCUGAGACACCCCGACAAACGCGCCGAUCGGCUAGAAAAAGCAAGCCAGAGCUGUCUACGCCCAUCAAUGAUGCGAGCUCCACCGAUACACCCAAUCCUCGAAAGCGUUCAUUAGCAACACCAGGUACAAGGACUCCGGUAGAAGGAAAGAGCAAGUCUGCGAAGAAGUCUGGAAAGAGAGGCAUCGGAAGGCCAAGAAAUAGUAUUGUAGUAGAACCUGAGGUCGUUCAGGAUGAUGGCGUUGUUGAAGAGGCUGUUGAGCUGCUACCUGCGAAGAUUACGGAUGGAGAGCCAUUGCCUACGUUGAAAGAGCUACAGUCCUUCAAAGAAAAUGGAGACUACUAUCAGACCAUUGCUCAGAGCGGAGUUUUGGCUGCCUCGAUAAAGCGCUCGAGAGACUCAUGGGUCAGCGGAGCACACUUCACCAAAUAUUUCACGAAAACGAUACCUAAGAAGGUCAAGGACAGGACAGCUGAGGACAAGGAGCAGAUGGCAAAAGACAAACAACUCCUCAAGAACAUGGUACGAAUUGGAGAAUGCGAAAUGACGAUCGAACCACACGUCUUUCGAGUGGCUCUAUAUAUGACCAAGGAGCCACCAGUAAGCAAUACACAUCGCCAGCAACAACAACAAUGGGGCACUCCGAACAAACCAAUCCACCAAACGUACCACAACACAGCUGCCAAGAACUAUGCGCCGUAUCAGGCCUCGCCGCCUGUAUACAACAGCGGACAGGGACCUCCUACUUACCACCAAGCUCCUCAAGCUUCUACCCCAAAGUACACCCACCAGCCAAAGCAACCACCAAAAGCUCCGUUGGACUCGCAAAUGAGCCAACAAAAGGCUCCGGGACCCUCGACACAGGGUAAUCGUGCACCACCACCAGCAGCUCCAGGUGCGCCGGACCCGGUCAUUCACGAGCUGGCCCGAAGAGCAGGGACGGACAUGAAGCUCAAGGCUGUCAUGAAGGUUGUUGCGGCUGGCAAAGCGACUCCGGCCCAGCUCGAAUACUUCCAGGGUCACAUCAGCGAGUUGACGGCAAUGAUUGAGGCGAGGAAGGCCGCUGCUGCUGCGGCUCCUGUUCCUGUUCCUAUUCCUACUCCUGCUCCUGCUCCUGCUCCUGCUCCUGCUCCUGCUCCUGCUCCUGUGGCUCCUAUGGCUCCUGUGGCUCCUGUUGCCGGUCAGACAGCAUCAGCUGCACCUCCUCACACGCAAUCACAAGCUUUUCACAAUCAACAACAGACACCUACUCAAGCUUUACCGCAGCCUCAAUCCCAACCACAGGCUGCACCAGCGCUAUCGAUACCGCAGCCUCAAUCUCAACUACAAACUGCACCAAGCCCAGCGAUAGCACAGCAGCAAGGUCAGCCGACGGGGUCUCAAACGACUUCCAAUGUGCAAGCACAGGUAGCAAAUCCAGGACCAUCUGUUGCAGCUCCUGCGUCUGCGCUACCUUCUCCUGCUCCCAUCAUGAAUAAUGAUGCUCGUAGCAACACAGCUGGCGCUCAUCCGACACCAACACCACCAGUAGGCGCGCCGCCGAUGGCACCUGCAGUUAGCGGUCAAAAUUCAUCACAAGCUAUGCCGCAACAUCCCACUGCAGCCGCUGCGCCGCCAAUACAAAGCCAUCCACAAUACGGUCAAGCACCGCCAAUGCCAACCCAUCCACAAUACAAUCAAGCACCACCACUACACUCACCUUAUGCUCCGCCUCCUCCACCUCCAAAACCGCCUCUUCGUAGGAUCUACUUUGAAUUCAUAGAGGGGCCUGGUGAUCGUCUUAUAUUUCCUGAGAACAGCAUUCUAGAGUAUUUUCCUGGUGGACAACAGGUGCGGUUUUCAUUCCUGGUCAUCAAGCCUCCUGAGGAGCCAAAGCCAGAGCCAAAGUUAGAGGCGAAGCCAGCUGAAGGGCAGGCAUCGUCGAACACGCCAGAUCAGACGUCUACAGCAAUGGUGAAGACACCUGCAGAAGCCGAAAAGGACAGUAGUCCACGUUUCUACCAGCCAGUGACGGGGUACUUGUACUCGCACAAUGCGAAUAGUCUAGAGUGUCUUAUGCGUGCAGUACGAGCGCCCUCGGAGGUGCAAAAGUACAUGGAAGAUGUAUUUGAUAGGAUGGAGCGGGCCGAGGAGCGAUUUCUCGCACUUAGAUUGCCGAUAGAAAGCGAGAUUGGCAGAAUUGGCGAAAUCAAGGAAGUUGACAAGGAGAACGCCAGCCCCGCUCCAGAGGUACUGUCGGCAUACAAGAAACGAAAGCUUGGAAAGACGUGAAAGGAGGUGGAGCACUAACGGAAAGAGAAGUCGUAAUGGCGCAUUGGGAACCAUAGAAUGAUGCGAGAUGAGAAAUCAGGCGGGCACACCGCACGCCGUACGCGUGGUUGAUCAGCGAAGGGAAAGAAGCUAUUGGAAGCAAUAAUGAGCAUCCGAUUCCUGAAUAAUAGGCUUCCCGAGAUGAUGGGAAGAGGAUGGAUGUAUAAAGGAGUUAGUGC